CCCUCCCUUCCAUCUGCUAACUCUCUCCUCCUUGCCCCAUCACUCUCUGAUCCCUCCUUCUUUCCAGGAUCACUGCCACCUCCCUCCCCCUUUCCAUUACAUUCCCUCCCCAAUCAUCACUCGCAGUCCCGGGGGAGGAGGGAGAGUUUUUGUCGCCGCCGGGACCCAUCUCCUUUCCCCAUUCGAGCUCGGCAGCUGGCGGGCUAUGAGCCGCUGAGACCGCCGCCCGUUCCCUGCCCACCAUGCCCGGAGCAGCGGUGCUGGCCUGCCGGCUCCUGGCGGUCGGCGUGUGGCUGCGGACCGCGGCGGUGGAGGCGGCGGCAGCAGGGACGGGGGCGCUGAUCCUCGACGAGUUUCGCCAGCAGCUACACGAAGCCUGGCGGCCCGAGGCCUCCGGCGCCUGCGACGCGGCCUUCGGCCUGAUGCAGGACUACAUCAUCCGGACCCGGGACUCGCUGACGGCCGGCGCCGCCUUCCUGCGCGCCCCGGCCGGCGUCAGCAGCCCCGAGCAGUGCCUGCGGGCCUGCUGCUCCCUGCAUGGCUGCACGGCAGCCGUGGUCGAGCGAGUCCCCGCCAGCGGCGGCGUCGUCGUUCCGGGCUGGGAGCGGGGGCUAAAGGCCAGAUCCCGAGGCUCGGCCGCCCUCAGCUGCUACCUCUUCAACUGCACCUACCGGGGCCGCGACGUCUGCCGCUUCUCUCCGCACCGCGGCUACAGCAGCUUCUCACGGACGCUCAACGACAGCCGGCCCCCGGAGCCGCGUCGCCAUGGCAACCGUAAGGGCCCGCCGCGCACCGCCGCCGUCGUUACCGCGGGCUCUCCGACCGACGGCAAACCCUGGCCCCCAGCCGGUGUGGUGGGGCAGCUGUGCUCAAACCGGAAUGAUGAAGCCCCUCACUGUGAUGCAGGGCAGGAUGUGAACUUGCUACUUCCUACUGAUUGGGUCCUGCUGGACGGAAGAGGCAAGUACUGACGAUCGGGGAUUGUCCGUUAUGAGUGGACCUUAUUGGAAGGUGAUCCAUUGGUCAAUAUGAAGUCUCCGCAGCCUGGGAUGUUGAAGUUGAGUGGUUUACGAGAGGGAGUGUAUGUGAUUCAAUUGUCGGUCACUGACACCAUUGGACAAAAGAGUAACGACAACGUCACUGUGACUGUGAUGCCGCCAAAGCAGCAAACAACAGACUGUACAGGAGUUUGCUCACGAUACCAGUUCAUCUGUGAUGAUGGCUGUUGCAUUGAUAUCACUUUGGCUUGUGAUGGGAUUCCCCAGUGCCCUGACAAAUCUGAUGAAACCUUCUGCCAGAGCUUUAAUGUAGGUCAUAAGACAGUGACCCAUACAACCCUUGCUGCUGCCUCAGAGCAAGAUGGUACUGUGUGGCCCUUUGGGGACAGCUUGCAGAAGGAUUCAGUCGAAAGCCAAAAACCAGUGGAGCAUCUCGAGUCUGAAAUGACACAGUCAUCCAAAGCAGAAGGAAGAGGCAACCUCAGCACUGGCCAACUUCCAGACUAUUGCUUGGCUCCUCCUACUACGGGUCCCUGUGAAGGCAAUUUCCUACGCUGGUAUUUUGAUAGCACCUCAGGUACCUGCAAUCAUUUCACCUAUGGUGGGUGCAAGGGCAAUCGGAAUAACUUUCUACAGGAGCUGGACUGCAAGACUCAUUGUGCAGAAUCACAAGAAAAUGGCACUCCAGUGACGAGCUCAGCUCAGACAGGUAAAGAUGACGUCAUGAUAGACCACAGGAAAGGAGGUCAUCCGCUCCCAGAGUCAGGAGCAGUGCUGCCUUUGGCCCUGGGACUUGCCAUCACUGCCCUGCUCUUGCUGAUGAUCAUCUGCCGGUUGCAGCUGGUGAAACGCAAGCUGAAGAAGGUUCGGCCCAUCACGUCUGAGGAGUCGGACUAUCUGAUCAAUGGCAUGUACCUGUGACACCGAAUGGUACAAGUGUAACUCCUCCUCCUUCUCCUCAUGAUCAUCGUGGCAAUGUGAAACAAUUCAAUCUCUGUGUGUAUGUGUUUAUUUAAAUGGUUAUGUGGAUCAGUGUAGAACUCUUCAAUUUUAUUCCUUCCUAUUCACACUGGCAAAUCUGACAUGUUGGGCCUUAUGUCAAAGCCAGUUUGAGACCAAACUAGCUCUGUUGCUACAGUGAUGUACUUCUAAGCAGCCUUGUCGGUAAGAUAUUUCUUACUCAUUGCCUUGUACUGAAACUCUUAAAUUCCUCCUGUCGUUCAGAAGAGGUUUGCUCCUUUUAAUAAGAAGCUCCACCCAUUCCAUCCCAUUGCCCAAAAGGUUCCCUGCCACCAUGAAGCAUCAUUGGGUUUCCCCAUGUCCAUUGCAUCUUCAGCCUGGGGACACACAUCUCUGCUUCCCCUAUUGCCAAUGCUGCCAGCAGUUUGCUCCAUCCCUUCCCAUGUUUUAAGGUAGAUUUGUGCAAGUGUUAGUAUCACCAGCUGCUCUACUUCUUCCCUGGGAUUACUUGGCAGCAUUUGGGAAAUCCGUGGCAGGAAUGUGGAAAAUUGAGGGAUUUGCAAUUAAAAUACUAUUCUGCAAACUGCACAAAAUUUAGGUAGUUGUUGUUUGGCUGGCAGGUGCAUUAGUUUAUGCUGUGCACAAACUGUUGAACUUGGUAAUAUCAGAAGGGCUUCCUCUUUAAAGAUUCCACUGAUAUCAACAGUCCUGGGCUCCUAAAUAAAUGGCAUUUGCCCAGUG